UAAUGAGAUUUCGUUUUAUUAUAAAAUAUUAGUAACACUGAACAUAUUAUAGCUACUUUUCCAGAAAGGAAAAAGCUUUCAAUUUAAGAUGACAACUUCCAUCGUAUGCCGUAAACUUUUCUUUUGGUUUGCUACUCUUGUGGCUUCUAUUCUUAUGUACUUUACUUUUGGUAUUAUUAUGGACACAAGUCGAAUGAUACAAAAUGUUCAAAUUGAAAUCGAUGAAAUUUCAGCAACAGUAUUUCGUAGAUCUAAACUAACGGCAGAUAAAUCAAAUCAGUCUCCAAACAUGGAGUUAAUGGUCAAAAAUAGUUUAUCUAAAAUUGUUGAUGAUUUACAGAUACUAAAAUCUGAUUUCGAAAAAAAGUGUGGCUCAACUACUGAUGUUGGCUUAUGCAAUGAAGAAAGGAUUAAUUAUGCAGAUCAAAAUUUGGGUGCUAGGAUUCACAAUGUAAUAGCAGAGCCCAUCGAUGGAUAUAAUAUAUUAAAACGUAUGUUUGGAAUGGAAUACAGCUCAAAUCCACCGAUUAAUAUGCUAAUACCUAAUAUGAACCCUGGCAGCUGUUUUGGAUUUCGUGGAAAUAAAUCAGAAGUUAUGGUGCAGUUGGGACGUCCAAUUUAUAUUCAAAGUAUUGAAUUGGAGCACAUCGCAACAGAAUAUUCACCUACUAGAGAAACAACAAGUGCGCCUUAUGUUUUUCAAGUUUUGGGUAAGGUACACUUAUCGAAUAAAGAAGUUUCGCUUGGACUUUUUCAGUAUGAAAAUUCGCAAUCUUAUUUACGUCAAGCUUUUGAAGUUAACUCAUUGGAAAAAUACGCCUACAUUCAUAUAAAAUUUCAUCAAAACCAUGGUCAUCCACUAUUUACUUGCGUUUAUCAUAUAGGAAUUUAUGGACGCACUACAAUAUAACGUUUUUCUAUUUCUUAGUAGAGUUUAACUUCAAUUUAAUUAUUUAUUUAUA